GCGGCGGCGCCGGGGAGGGCCGGAACGGCAUGGCUGCGGGACGCGCCCCGGCAGGGCCGCCUUCGGGUGGGGCCGCUGCGCGGCGCCGCGACAGCGCGCGCUGCCGCUGACAACCUGGUCGGGCGUCUGUCGAAGGAGCUCGAGGUGGCGCGGAAGGAAUGCCAGUUCCUGCAGGACGCGUUCGCGUCGGCCUUCGCGGACGGGGACAUCGGCGACAGGAUCCUGGCGCUGGUCCCCGCGCUGCGCGACCUGGUCAACGGCCGCAGGUCCUCGGGUUUGCGCCGACUGCGGAGGAACGUGGCGCUCCACGCGGUGGCAGAAGGCAUCGACAGCAUCGCCACGGCUGGUGUGCUGCGCCGAGGCUUCUGUGAUGUCCGCGGUUGGGCCGACGGCUUGAACCUCACCGCCCCAGUGUUCGUGCCUGGUGCUCUUGCCCACGUCGUCGUGUGGCAGUCCGCCGACGAGCAGGUGGACGCGCUGCUGCAGGUGCUGGCGGCGGCCGCUCCCGUGGGCGGGGCCCACCAUCCCGAUGCGGAGUAUGCUGAGUGUGGAGGCGCGUCUGCUGGCCUGCAGCUCGCUGCGCUGCCGGCGCAGCAGGAGCGGCCACCCGUGCCGCCUGCCGCGGCGCUGAGCGUGGACGGGUCCGCGUGCGCCGAUGGCGGGAUGAAGGCCGAGCUUCCUCAUGGAGAUGGUGUUCAUGAUGGCUCGGCAGUCUACAAGGUCGUCGACGGUUUCGCAGAUCCUCUCGCCUUGGACGGUCGCGACUGCGAGUGCAGCGCUGAGCUCGAGGACGGGACUUCCGGCGUGCAGGUGGACGACAUGCUGCUGCUGCUGCUGCUGCUGCUGCUGCUGGAC